AUGGCGACAUCAAUGCCCCAGAGUCCAGGUGGUCAUGACCACAAACCCGACGACGCAGCGCGCAACGAGCAUAUUGAACGUGCGCUUGACAACGUUGAGUCGAGACCAAACGAUGACGCCAUAUUCUCCAAGUUCCCCAAGAUGGAUAAGGUAGAUGAGUUUGGCGCCCAUGCGAAAACGGAUCCGAGAGAAAUUGCGCUUGUUAAGAAAUUGGACAAGUACAUUCUGCCUAUGCUAUGGUUCAUGUAUCUUUUCAAUUACCUCGAUCGCAAUGCCCUCGUCAAUGCGCGACUUAAUAGCCUGGAAGAAGAUCUUGGUCUUGUUGGGACGCAGUACAAUACUUGUGUUUCAAUUCUGUUCGUCGGGUACAUUGCCGGCCAAGUCCCGAGCAACAUGCUCAUCAACAGAGUCAAGCCAUCUUGGUACAUGGCUGGCUUCUGUCUCGCUUGGUCUAUCGUCAGUCUAGUGACGUUCUUGGCGAAUAGCUACGGAAGCAUGGUUGCGCUUCGUUUUAUCCUCGGCGUAACUGAAGCACCGUUUUAUCCUGGAGCCUUGUUCAUUCUCAGCAUGUUCUAUACUCGUAAAGAACUCGCUGUCAGACUGGCUAUCUUCUAUACAGGCAACAUGAUAGCCAGUUCCUUUGCAGGACUCAUCGCCGCUGGAGUCUUUGCUGGUCUUGACCAAAAGCAUGGCUUGGCUGGCUGGCAAUGGCUCUUCAUCAUCCAAGGCGCCUUAUCAAUCCUUACCGCCAUUCUAGCAUUCAUCUUCCUCCCAGACCAUCCCCUCACCACCCGCUGGCUCUCAGAAGAGCAGCGACAGCUUGCAUACAACCGCAUCUACACCGACACAACAGACGUCCGUGAAAAGACGAGCGUAUGGAUCGGUCUCAAAGAAUCUGCUUCUGAUUGGCGGACAUGGGCAUUAUGUCUUAUGUACAAUCUUCACCUCUCAUCAGUCGGCUUCCAGAAUUUCCUCCCAACCGUCAUGAGGACUCUCACCGACAGUAACACCAUCGCUUUAGUCCUGACAUGCCCACCGUAUCUCCUCGCCGCUGGAAUUGGAAUCGCCAUGGCGUGGACGUCAGGACGCUGGAAUGAGCGCACGCUACAUAUUACCAUCUGCAAAUGCAUCGUCAUGGUUGGUUUCAUCAUCGCUGUUUCAACCUUGAACAUAGCAGCGCGGAUGUUCAGCAUCUACCUCUUUGUCGGUUUCAGCUUCGGCAUUAAUAACAUCAUCCUUGCGUGGAUCAGUGCAACAGUCGGCCAGACGAGCGAGAAGAAAGCCGUGUCUCUUGCGAUUUGCAAUACGUUUGGCAAUUUGGCUCAUGUGUACACGGCUUAUUUGUGGCCUUCCUCGGAUGAGCCGCGGUACACUACUGCUUGGGUUUCAAGUAUUGCAUUUUCGCUUGGGGUUGUUGUUAUUGCGUGGGGGUUGAGGUUCCAUCUGAAGCAUUUGAACAAAAAGACAAGGAGGGAUCAUCCCGAGGUUACGAACUUUUAUGUUUAUUGA